CAUGUCCGUGCAAGACAAACACCUCUUAAAUGAUCCUUCAUCUCUCGUUCUCGAUUCCCUUAAGGGUCUUUGUGCCAUAAAUCCACAAAUCGCUCUCGACGCUCGCAAUAAAGCGGUCUAUGUCAGGGAUCAUGACCGUUCCAAGGUUGCGCUGAUGUGCGGGGGUGGAGCUGGGCAUGAACCAGCCCACGCAGGCUUCGUAGGACAGGGAAUGUUGACAGGUGCUGUCUCGGGCAACGUAUUCGCAUCUCCCAACGCCAGCCAAGUCAGACAAGGCAUCGACCUCAUUGAUAACGAAAAAGGCACCGUCAUUAUCGUCAGAAACUACACGGGAGAUGUCCUUAAUUUCGGACUUGCGAAGGAGCAGUAUGCCGCACUCCACCCAAAGAAGUCCGAACGUUUAAAGUUUGUGAUCGUUGGGGAUGAUGUUGCCGUCGGACGGCAGCAGGGAAAAAUCGUUGGUAGACGCGGUUUGGCAGGCACUGUUCUUGUUUACAAGAUAGCAGGAGCAGCGGCUCACCGCGGUGCCGAUCUUGGCGAAGUUUAUGCCAUCGCCACCUGGGUUGCCAAUCGUCUUGCAACGGUUCCAGGCACCUCGGAAAAUUUGUCAGACCUUUCACCUUCAGAGAUAGAGAUCGGAAUGGGCAUACACAAUGAAAACGGACACAGUCGAGAGUCCCCCAUCCCAAAGCUGUCCGAGCUCAUUCCAAAGCUGAUAGAUUUGUUGACAUCGAUGUCCGACCCAGAUCGAUCCUUCGUCCCGUUCCAAGGCAAAGACCGCGUCGUCGUUCUUGUGAACAACCUAGGCGGGUUAAGUGAACUCGAACUUGGUGGCGUCGCUGGUGAAGUCAGAAAGGAGUUGGACGCCCGGGGGUUCGAAGUUUGCCGUCUCUUAUCUGGGACUUACAUGACAAGCCUUAAUAUGCCAGGGUUCUCUAUCACUCUGCUCCUGCUUCCUGCGGAACACGAAGCCGACUGUCCUGCCGCCGACUACAUAUUGACCCUCUUGGACGAUAAACCAGAUGCGCCAGGGUGGAAAUGGUGUCCGCCAACAGCUCCUGUCCCACUGUCUCAGCAGGAUGCAGCCACCAAGGUUGUCGAAAUCAGCGGUGCUGAUCUCGGGGGUUUCUCAGCACCAAAUCCGCGAGCAUUCGUCGACAGCAUCACGAGAGCCGCAGAAGCUUUAAUCAAGUCUGAGCCGGAAAUUACCCGAAUGGAUUCCAUCGCCGGUGACGGUGAUUGCGGCCUCACAUUGAAGGCAGGUGCUGAGGGGGUACUUACUAAGAUCGAUUCUGGCGACAUCACCGGUCAAGACAUCCCUCGUUCUAUCAUCAUUAUCGCUCAAGUCGCGGAAGAAGCUAUGGGCGGUACGAGUGGGGCGUUGUAUUGAAUUUUCUUCUCCGGUCUCUCUCAAGGCCUCCACGCCAACGCCUCACGCGACGCCCAAGUGACUCCUCAAGUCUGGGGCGAAGCACUUAAAUCUGCUCUCGAUAAGCUCUACGGCUACACCCAUGCCCGACCACCUUCACGUACUCUCGUCGACCCGCUGGAAGCUUUCAUUCAAACCUACGUGGCGUCGAACCAGGAUUACGCCAAAGCUGUUGCUGCCGCAGCUGAAGCGGCUGAACACACCAAGACUUUAGAUGCAAAGGCUGGCCGCAGUGCGUAUGUGGAAGGGGACAGGUUGAAGAAAGAGCAAAUCCCAGACCCUGGGGCUUGGGGUAUCAAGGUGAUUUUGGAGAAUCUGUCCGCGUA